AUGUGCUUUAAUGUUGCUUUGAUCGUGAAUAUUCGAAAGUACCAAAAUAUCAACAUUUAUGAAAUUUUGGGGGGAGAACUUCAAAUACAUAUUCUCAAGCUAGCAGAUAUAUCAAAUAUCUGCGAUGCCCUGGGAUUGAAGUACACGAAACCAUACACUGUGCGUGGCCAUCGAUCUGAGGCUUAA